UUGAUCUUUAUUUAUUUAGUAUUAUUUUUGUACUCGAUUGACAUUUUAAUACAGUGUAAGGAGCAGUAACAUAAGCAUUACGCGGUUGCCGCUAUAACUUCUGCUAAAUUGUGUAUGCGACCAAUACACUUUGAUUUGAUAAAGAGCGAUUGAAUGUACCAGAUCCUACCCUGUUGUUGGGCUCCAGUUGAACAAUUUGUACAGGCCCAGGCGGCAUGGCUGCGUCAAUUCCUUGCUUGGCUUAUCUGUUAAAACGUAAAUAGUGAGGUUCGUUCUCUUCACAAUGACACUACUUGUUGUGGUACUAUAGCUAUAUCUAGAAACUGAUUUAAUUGCACAAAACUAUUUCCAAAUAGGACCAUUGUUCGUCCGAUGACCCGCCUGGAAUGGAGGUAUUUUACUUCCGGAAACACAUCUAAGCAUUAUGGGAUUUGCAGUUCUACUAGCAGGUCGCUAUGGAAAUAAAGUGACAACAUCCAACUCAGUCUGUUACAGCAUCUUUCUGAAGGCACAACAACAAGUGCCUUGAGACAAUCCAUGGGAGAAAGAGUGCAAGAUACGAAGGCUUGUCAAUAUGACACAUCUCUUAGGACGUCAGGACUGCGUUGAAAGUCUCCGGAGAGAUUUAAUAGAUAUUCAAGGUGCUGUUCUCGAUGUCUUCUCUCGGACAGGCCCAGUUCGAUUUCCCUCCUGGAAGUUCCCAGAUAAGCUUUCAUGCAAUCUGGACCUGGUGUCGCUAUUAGAACAAUACGACUUUGUUGAUGGGGAAGAGGAAUUCAAUCAGCAUUCACAUAUUGUUUUGCUGGAGUUGGUGAUUGACAGGUAA